GAUGGCGGUAGCACUCACCGGCGGCUCCCAGCGGGUGGUGUGGGAGAUGGUGUGGCGCUCGGCGGCUUGUCCUCCCGCCUUGGGCUGCUGGGGCUGUGCGCCUGCAGGGAAGCGGUAUCUGCUAACAGAAUGUGAUAUAAAGUUACAAGAAUUCCAGCAGCUGAAAGUGGCAAUUAGAAAUGAAGUUCAUGGCAAUAAAGAUCUGUAUUUUAAAAGUAUGAAAGAAAAAUUAAAGAAAAAUGGAAUUGUUUUUAAAAAUGAAUUACAAAAAUUGCUGCAUUUAUGUGAGACUUCAUCUGAUGUGGAACUAGCCAGAAAAGUUAUUUACAGGUACCAUGAACAGAAUGGAAUCGCAGACUUAGAUAAUUUUAAAUUUGGGCCCCUCUUUAUGAGGUUAUGUUAUGAGCUGGACCUUGAAAGACCUGCAGUAGAACUUAUCAAAGAUCAGAAUUUGCAUGGUUUUUUCUCAGAGAGUACAUCAUUCCAUAUUUUGAUGACUAUGUUGUUUAAAAAGGGCCGUUUUGAAAGUGCUUUUGAAGUUCUGAUAGAAAUGAAAAAACAAGGUAUACCAUUCAACAAAGAAACCUAUCUACUUGCAUUUGCAAUAUGUUACAAACUGGACAGCUUGGAGUCUUGGAAAGCCUCUGUGAAACUGCUUGAAGAAGCACAGCUAAAAGGUGACACAUUACCACUGCGAGCAUUAUGCUUUGCUGUGGCAACUGCACUGAAACAGAAUUAUGUAGCGCAAGCCAAAUUUUAUUGUUCACAGAUAAUGGAAACGGAAAACAAAUUAUACAGUAAUCUUAAUGUUCUUGUCCAGCUCAGAUCUAGUUCACUAGAAGAAGUAAUCAAGACAUUAGAGGCAGCAGUGGAAGUAGAUUCUCCUCCCUUUGUGAAAAAAAUUGAGUUUUCUGAGCAGGUGCUGGCUACAGUCAGGAAAAAGAUGGAAGAAAACCCUGACCUCUCUGCCAAAUUAAGAGAUAUUUGUACGAAACUACAAACUUCAGGACGGAUAACCAUGUGCACGCUGGAAGACAUGCUUUUCCAGAUUUCUAGUUCAAAAAAGACCCCUGCAAAGCUUUUAAAUCAGAAGCAAUUGGGCUAUCAGGCUGCUAAACCUCUUUGGUCAAAUCUCUUUUUGGAAUAGUUCCGUAUUUGAUGGCAAACUGAACUGCUGUUAGCAUCUCUUAGAAGCCAGGUUCAAAUAAAAUUUCUCCCCUCCUUCACAAUGAGCAAUUGUUUAAGUUGUUUGUGUGAAACGGCAUUUUAAAUGCAGAUCAUGUAGCUUCCAGAUUUCCGUUUUGAUGCUAGAAACAAGUCGCGACUGUGGGUAUUUAUUUGUAUCUUGUUCAGAAAUGGAGUGAUGGAAUGGUUUGAAUUUUUUCCUCGGGCACUUAAAUCAGGAUUUUCCUUUGCUGAACAUCCUGAUGGAAGUGAACAAAAUAGUAUGUAUAUCUGACCUGACUUCUGUGGUUCAUGAGAAGAAAAUUCAGUCUUCAUAAAAUGUAAUGUUCUGACUGAAAGCAUAGAUGCAGUGCAAAGUCUAGAUAAAAGAGUGGGGAAGUGCCUUAACCAUUUAUUCAAAUUCUGUACAUCUCAAGAAAUCAGAGGAAAGCAAGCAUUUUUUGAUCCCUUUAAUAUCUUUUUCUUCAGAAGCAAAAUAUUAGUAUGUUUUUUCAUAUCAAAUGGGAUCAUGGAAAUGCUGUAGGAGGUAGCAUGGUAACCAACUGGUCGUGUUUUCACUUGAAGGAGAUUACUGAAAAAGAGUCUCACAGUGAGUGGCCCCACAUACUGCUUCCUUCAAAUUUUUUGAUACUAAGCCUCCCAGGAUAAGCAGAUCUUGAUAGAAAUUUGCAACUGAAUCCUAACAAGUUUCUUAGAGCAAGCACAAUCAAUUUUUUAGACUGGAAUUAUGUAUCAUCUGCAUAAUUCACUCAUAUGUAGAGUAAGUGAUCGUAAAAGCAGUACAAAGAAGCUUCACGUUGAUGCAUCUUGAAUGACUCCAGGCUAAAUGUGCUUGGUCCUAGUAGUAAAAAGCUGUUUGUAACUAUGAGUCUUGCAUACCCCAAGAUCUUUUCUCAUUCACCAUCUGGAGUAGAAGGAAUUGGAAACAGCCAUACCUUGGGUGUCACUCAGGUACUUUUGGUUUACUUCUGUGUAUGAAGUGAUGAGCCUGUUACAGAACUUAGCAGUCCUGUGAGCACAAGACUUGGUAGAGCCCAGCGUAGUACUCUCCAAGUUGGGCCACCUAAUCUCUCCUUUGGCUUCUUUUCUUUUUAUUUUGUCUCUCUACCUUCCUCAAGCAAAUGUCAGAAUUCAGAGGAUUCUUUCUGUGAAUGAAUCUUUGCAUGCUAUAUGAGACUUUGUUGAAGCCACUGAGUCACUGUGAAGAAACAAGAAUCCAUCCAUGCAGAAAUGCAUCUUUAGCAGGUCAGGGAGUUCCUUCUGAGGCUCUAGUGCUGUAACUCAUUUCUGUUGCCAUUGUGUCUUAUUAAUGCUAAAGUGCACAGAAGUGUUACAGAGUGGAUGGAAUUUCGUGCAAGUGUAACUGAAGAAUAGUUUGUAAUUUGUAUCACUUUUUUGUGAAAUAUGUGCGCACUUUUUACGAGUGGUUGCAUAGGUUAAAGUACUACAUACGUUAGUCUAAGAACACAGCUAAUUACUUCUGUAAUACUGUGUAUCUCAUAAUUACACACAUAAUUCAGGAGUACAGGUGUUUAAUCCUUUUCUUUUCCCUCAGUUGGAAAUUCUUUUAACACUUCCAAUACAAUUUGGACCCUUAAGUAGCUCCCAAUCUUUUCUCCACAAAUAAACUUGAUACAGGAUUUGUGAAAGUUGCUCACAGUGUGGCAAUAAUUAUUUAAAAAAAAAAAAAUUAGAGUGAACCACACUUCAGUUUACUUGGUUGGCACUAUCAGGACAACUGUUUGAUAUAAAAAUACAUUUUGAUAGACAAUAGAAGAUAGUUUGACCCAUCUAGCUUGUUGUAUAGCAAAUAUAUAAGGUCAAUUCUAUUUCGUUUCCUCAUUUGGCACUUUGAAGCUUGUAUUAAUUGCAAGAAGUUUGUUUCCUGACCGAGGCUGUAUCCUACCUGCAUCUGAAGGAAUGAUAACUUCUAUUACAAUUGUCAAUAUAACUGAUGUAUUCUAUUUUUUGUUCUCUUGACUACUUGUUUUCCUGAGGCUGAUUUACUCUAGCUAACUAUUAAGUUGACUAUUUGUUUCGAAGAAACACCAGUUCUUUGUCUUGAGAGAGAAGGGCGAUGCCCUCAAAUAACUAUCAAUACUCCAGUAGAAAAAGAAAGCAGAGACCCAAGAAGGAUUAAAGGGUAGUUCGAAGAAACACAAACAAAAUUCGGACAGUUAAACAUUAGAAUAUUGACGGUUGCUCUGGAAGUGGUAUAGAAAACUGGGAACAUCCUCCCUUAGGAAAAAAGGUAGGAGGAAAGGUUAACUUCUAAUAUUUAUGCAGCUGAUUUCAAACAAAGUCUAAUGUGUUUCAUAAAAGUUGCACAGAGACUUGUUAAUUGGGAAAGCUUGAAUUUGAAUAUCUAUUUAUAAAUUUACCUUUUGGUAUACCAAGGUUCUGAGCACGCUGGCUUUUGUGCAGAAGAGUCUUCAGCCAUGUGCUUAGUUUAGUGUAUUUAGGUGUGCUUGGCUUCUGGCUUCCCAGCACCCAAGAUCAGGAAACCAACUUUGUCUAAAAUUAAGCAAAUACUAAGGAGUUUUGCUGGGUCAGAGUGGCUGGAAUGUGAAGGGCUGAGUUACUAGAGAACAUUUCUUGGAGACAGCCUCAGAGAAUAGGAUGUGCACUACAUUGUAGCCAGUGAAAUAAUUAUACUUUACUUAUGCAGAGUUUUAAUCAAGAGAAGCCAACAUUGUGAAAAUCGAUGAAUAGACCACUUUUUGUGAACAAUCUGGGAAAAAAAAAAAAAAGAAGGCAUUUGCAUUUCAAAGUUAAUUGCUGCAUUUUUUUUUUUCUAGGUUUUGCUACAAGAGACUUCUGUAGGAAAUGCGGCUCAAGUUUUAUGUAGUAAGCAGCUCAGAUGGGGAUCUGAGGGCUCUGUUGAGUGCUGUUAUAUGGGGAGGGAUUGCUGUUUAUCAUAUUCAAAUAUUCUUCCUGCAAUAAAAUUAAACAUGAGUUUUGUA